AUGAACAAACACAAACGCAACAAAAUCGUUCUGCUAUGUUCGGUCUGGAAUCUUAUUGCUGAUUUAGUUGAAACUCAAGAUCAAAAACAAAAUGAACAACAACAAAUAGUAGAUUUUUACGCGAAAUCUGGAACAACAUUUCCUCGUUUAGCUUGUCUAAUGCAGCUAUAUUUUAAUGCUAUUAAUAUACUGGAACGUGUAAAAGAAACUGUUGUUUUUGCAGAAGGUGAUAAUCAAGAUAUGAUUAUCAAUGAAAAUUUCAUAACUAGCGCGGAAAAUAUAAUAAAGAAAGAUUAUUAUAUAGUAUAUGAUAAAACCUAUUUGCCAUGUGUUGAAAUCAAUCAAUUAGGAAUGGAUCCUAUAGUUAUUGUUGAAAAAGAAGCCGUUAUCGCUGCAUGGAAGUGGUACGAUCAUCAUCUAAAUAUUGCUUCUAUGCUAUUUACAAUUGAUCAUGAAUUUUCCGGUAAAUCAAUCACUCUAUCUUCAACAGUUUCAUUUAGACCAAAAACACUAAAACAAUUGAUUAUGCUCUUCGACUUUAAUAGAUUUCCACUAUCAGCAAUAAGUGCUAAACAUCCAGUUACUGGACAAACACCAGCAUUAGGUGAACGCGCACUUCAAGAAUUAAUAAAUGAUAAUUUACUUAAAUUUAAUUAUUUUCUAACUGAUGUCCGUGGAAGAAAUGUCAAGUCAUACAUGAAAGUGCCAAUACCAUCAAUUAGUGAUCCAACACGAGAACAAUUUGUUAACAAUUUAUUGAAACACGAGAUAAAUAUUGAUAAAUAUUGUUUAAAUUAUGAAAAAGCUUCAAUUCCAUUGAAUAAUUAUUUUUCAAAAUUAACAUUAGAAAUUUUUGAAUGUACUGCUUCAUUUGUAACUCAAUAUUCAAAAUAUAGAAGUCAGUUGGGUGCUGUAAUACAGAAGCAUUUCCAACAUCGUUGCAUUGAAGAAACAGAUGAAGGAUGUUUCAUUAUAAAAAAUCACCAAGCAUUUUGUCGUGAAUCUCAUGAUAUCGAAAACUUGGCUAUAGGCGAACGACUAGAACAAAUACGCACUAGAUCUCGAUCAGUGAAUUUAAUAAACCAACCUACUUCUAAACAGACAGAUAAAGCAAUAGUACAAUCGAAAAGAACAAGAGCUACUGAAAUUAGAAUUUUUAGCAGUCCAGUUGAACAAAACUGCGAAAUACAACAUCAUAAUUUAACAGAAAUUCCAGUUGAUCGACAAGAGACUGAUAUAACUAGUAAUAGUAAUCCUCUAAUUUAUUAA